AAAGUCUUGACCACCUUUGCAUUAUAUAAACACUCCUCUCCACCCUCAUAUUUUAUACCCGAAACCAUCACAUAAAUGGCUUCUUUGUCUCUUCCAACUUCCACCACCACCGCCACCACGGCCUACUCAUCUCCCUCCUCCCCUUUUCUUGCUAAACCAUCUCAGAUCACCGUCACCAAAAGGUCAUCUCAAGGCCUCAAAUUCACAUGCAAAGCCGCAAAUGGUGAUAAAAACUCCGAAGACAACUCAAGAAAGGAGCAAUAUAAUGCUACUAGGUUCGAUAGGAGAGAUUUGCUUAUUGGCUUAGGUGGACUCUAUGGAGCUACAAGCCUUGGCUCUAAUCCUUCCGCAUUCGCUUCUCCUAUCAAGGCCCCGGAUCUCGCAAAAUGUGGGGAGGCUGAUCUGCCAGCCGGGGCAGCUCACACCAACUGUUGCCCUCCCUUUUCGGGCACUGUACUGGACUACAAACUCCCCGUACCACCAAAGACUCUGCGUGUUAGGCCCGCAGCACAUUUGGCUGAUAAGGCCUACGAGGCUAAGUUCAAGAGAGCUCUGGAGCUCAUGAAAGCACUGCCUGACUCUGAUCCUCGAAGUUUCACUCAACAAGCUAAUAUACAUUGUGCUUAUUGCGAUGGAGCUUAUGAACAAGUAGGCUUUCCUGAGCUAGAUAUCCAAGUUCAUAACUCCUGGCUGUUCUUCCCAUUUCACAGAUGGUACUUGUACUUUUUCGAGAGAAUCUUGGGGAGCCUGAUCGAUGAUCCUACAUUCGCAAUCCCUUUCUGGAACUGGGAUGCGAAAGAAGGAAUGCCAAUGCCUUCGAUGUACACUGACCGGAGCUCUCCCCUAUAUGACCAAUUUCGCGAUGCCAAACACUCAACUAGCGGAUUCAUGGUUGAUCUUGAUUAUAAUGGAAGGGAUGAGAAUAUUACUAAAGAGCAGCAGCUGAAUCAAAAUCUGACUAUCAUGUACAGGCAAAUGGUCUCGGGCUCCAAAUCAGCAAGCUUGUUUCUAGGAAGUCCAAUAAGGGCCGGUGAGUCCGAACAAGGGGGUGGUAACUUCGAGAGCACGCCGCAUGGUCCGGUUCAUAUAUGGUCCGGAGACAGGACUCAACCGAAUCUCGAAAACAUGGGUAAUUUCUACUCUGCCGGUCGAGAUCCCAUGUUUUAUGCACAUCAUUCUAAUUGUGAUCGAAUGUGGAGCGUAUGGAAGACACUAGGCGGAAAGAGAAGGGAUUACACUGACAAAGAUUGGCUGGAUUCUGAGUUCGUGUUCUACGACGAAAAGGCUCAGUUAGUAAGAGUAAAAGUGGGAGAUUGCUUGGAUAGCAAGAAACUGGGAUAUGUAUAUCAGGAUGUUCCGCUUGCAUGGACAGGAAGUCGGCCCACACCGCGGCUCAAGAGAGUGCUGAACAAGCUUAAGAAAAGUGACGUGGCCAAUGCGGCUGAAUUUCCUAUGGUUAAGGAUGUUUUUCCUAUCAAGCUCGACAAAGUAGUGAAGGUUUUGGUUCACAGGCCGAAGAAAAACAGAAGCAAAAAGGAGAAAGAAAACGAGGAGGAGAUUCUGGUGAUUGAAGGUAUUGAAGUGGAGAGGGAUGCUUUCGUGAAGUUUGAUGUGUUUAUUAAUGACGAGGAUGAGGCUGCAAGCGCCGCGGAUAAGACUGAGUUUGCUGGAAGCUUUGUGAAUGUGCCACACAAACAUAAGCAUGGGAAGAACAUAAAGACAAGGUUGAGGUUGGCUUUAACUGAUUUGUUGGAAGAUCUGGGAGCUGAGGAUGAUGAUAAUGUGUUGGUCACUUUGGUGCCUAAACCUGGAAGUACUGGUUUUGUUAACAUCAAAAGUCUGAAGAUUGUGCUUGAUGAUUGAUGAGUUGAUUCAGGGGCCGUUUGGGUGAGUUUAUAAUAAGUGCUUCUUAUUUAAAAUAAAUAAGUGGAAUAGAAAUUAGAAGCAAGAUAGAAAUAAGUAGAAGUCCUGGAACAAAAGGUAGCAUUCUUAGCUUUUUAUAAGUGAUUUUUAACUUUUUAUUAAGCUACAUAUAAUUGGUCCGUCAUUUAUUGAAUAUAUCAUACUCCCUCCGUCUCAA